GUUUAACCAGUACAUUGUGUCGUUGGCUCACCAUGUCAUCUCCAUGUGGUUUAUUCCGCUGCCGACUCACCUUCAGAAAGGACUUUGUGCAGUACAUCACCAAGGGUCUGCGCUCUAAUGCUCUGAUGCCGUUCGAUGACACCCAGGACACUCAGAGCAGCUUCCGUGCUCGCAGCACCAGCCUCAAUGAGAGGCCCAAGAGCCUACGGGCAGCCAAAAUGGCGAAGGCCCACCAGCAGCAGCAGCAGGCGUCAAUGGCAGCGGGCGUCGCGGCGAGUACCGGCUCUCCCGUUAAAGAGCUGAGAGAUCUGUCGGCCAUGGACGCCUUCCGCUCCCGAAGCAUCAGCGUCUCCGAGCACGCGGUGCGCAGGAUGCACACCUCCAGCACCACGUGUAGUCUGGGUUCUUCUGACGAGAACACCGUGAGCCAGGCAGACGAUGGGUUAAAGACCGUCCACCUGGAGUUAACGGAGACCUGUCUGGACAUGAUGGCUCGAUACGUCUUCUCCAACUUCUCAGCCCUGCCCAAGAGGUCUCCUAUAGCAGAGUUCCUUCUGGCGGGGGGUCGCAGUAUGACCUGGCUGGUGGGUAACAAGCUGAUCACCAUAACGACCAGUGGUGGGGUCAGGAGCCAGGCCCUACUGGGAAUGGACAUGGCUGAGAGGCUGGGAGGAGGGGGAGAGAUGACCAGGUCAGACCCCUCCCUCCACACCCGUCAGACCAAAGAGGCUCCGGCCAAACUGGAGUCCCAGUCCAGUCAACAGCUCAACAGAGCCUCACGCAUCAGAGUACGAUCCAUGUCAGGUGGCCAUGCCCUCCGUGCAGGUCCAGCCCAGAGCCUCAGCCCCCUGGUCUCACCCUCUGAGGGGGGAGAGCUGUGUGGUGUCCCCCUCUCUCCCCCCUCCUCCUCCUCUGGCCCCUGUCUGGAUGGCCUGGAGCCCCCCUCACCUUCCCCCUGUGCCCCCCCUAAGGACCCUCUCAAAGACAAGCCCAGCCUGGCAGAGUUCCUUCCCGUUCUGACCCAGGGAUGGGCUGAGAUCUUCAUACGCAGACCCUCAGGUAACACCAGCUGGUUGAUGUGUCUGGAGAACCCUCCCAGUCCCUUCUCCUCUGAGCUGGGUAACAUGCCUCUCCAGGAGCUGUCCUCUGUCCUCAUGGCCAUGGAGGGGGUCAAGGAGCCCCCCACUCAGACUGCCAGCGCCCCCGCCAGCACAGCCACCCCCGCCCCGACCCCCGUAGUCCUUAACCCCCCUGGACCCAUCCAAGGGGGCAAGCCUGGACUCAUCCAGCGCUCUAACACAGUGGGCUCUCUCUCCUCUCUGGGUCUGUCCUUCGCCCUGCCCCCAGUUCCGGUUCGGCUCCAACGGAGCAUUUCCUGGGCAGGUACAAGCAGCGUGGCCACGCCCCCAACACGAGCCUCACCCCAAACCAGUGGUGGCACUUUAAAUGUGAGGAUGGGCUCAUAGUAACGGAACAGUAACAGAAUGAAUGAAUGGUAAA